CACGUCAACGGCAUCUCAUGUGGUUAAGCGCGCGGAGUUGCGUCCUCAGGUCUCCACGCAACCUCAUCUCAUCCACUGUCCUCACGUGGGUAGGGAAACAGGCAACCUGAGACAAUGCGACUAGAGUCAAAGUAAACGCUACUGGCUCAGUGUUUUGCACCGUUGCCAACCCGCAGGUCCACCCAGGACUCAACGGAACGACAUCCUCUUAUGCCACAUGAGAUCUGGGAUUCUGUUAUUGCAAACAAGCUUUCUGAUUUGCAAACUUUGAUUUUUUUUAGAUGGUUUAUGUAGUGGCGAAUAGGAAAAAACUUUUUAAAAUAGCUGAACGUUUGCAUGUAUAUUAGACUAAUGCUUUCAAAUGCAUUUAGUCGCUUGCUUUUUAGACAGACAAACAAAAGAACAGAUUUAUAGGGGACAUCUCACUUCAUUAAAGAAGGUGGAAUCCGCGCAUUUUCAGCCAUUUAUCUAUGAACUCAACUGGCAACAUGGACGAUGAUGAACAGAGCUCCGAGUCUCUUGUGUGCGCGGGCUGUGGCAGACUGAUCGCAGAUCGGUUUUACCUAGUCGCCGCUGACAGACAGUGGCACGAGCGCUGUUUGAAAUGCAGCGCGUGCCAAGCUGACCUGGAGUCAGAGCUCACGUGUUUCAGUAAGCACGGGGAUAUUUACUGUAAAAAAGACUAUUACAGCAGGACAUUUUCUUUGCAAAGAUGUGCAAGGUGUCACCUGGGCAUCCCGGCCACAGAGAUAGUGAUGCGUGCCAAUGGUCUGGUGUACCACCUGAGCUGCUUUUCUUGCAUCACCUGCGACAAACUGCUGUUCACUGGAGAUCAUUACGGGAUGCGAGACACUUCAGUGUACUGCCAGGUCCAUUUCCAGAUGAUGCUAGAAGAGGAAUGUCAUACAGACCUUCUUUAUUACUCAGAUAUGUCUCCUGUCGAGCCAAACUCUAAGACCUCCACAAAUGAAGGGACCCCUGUGCAGAGGGGACGCUCACGAAAGAGGAAAAACUCAGAUGCUGCAGACCCUGUUGUUUAUAAUGCAGAUGUGAGUGAUAGGGGUGUGGACCUGUUGGAGAGAGUGAGACAGUUUAGCUGUCAGAAGUCCAAACGCCUGCGAACGUCCUUUAAGCAUCACCAGCUGCGGAGCAUGCAGAACUUCUUCAACCACAACCACAAUCCAGACGCCAAAGACCUCAAAGAGCUCGCACAAAAAACUGGCCUCACAAAACGUGUGCUCCAGGUUUGGUUCCAAAACGCUCGUGCAAAAUUCAGGAGAAAUCUAUAUCAGGAGAGCAUUGGAGCGGGUAAUAUUUCGGACAAUUCCACCAUCACGUCCCCAUCUGUACCUUCACCAGAGAUGUCCCCUCCGUCUUUGCAUUCAUCCAGCCCCUCCAACACCUCUCCAGCACAACACACACACUUAGAGCAAAACACACAUGUGCACCACAACAGCAUGAGCCCAUCACAAUGCACACCACCCAAUUUCUUCUAAGGGGCUUCAUCACAAAAUAAAGACUGCACAGCAUUUUAGAUUCACAAAGCAUUUGAAAUACAUUUAUAAUGUUUCAUUAUUGGUUCUUCAGAUCAGUCUAAUAACUUUACAUCUAAGUCAAGUCAACAAGCUUUAUUGUCAUUUUAACCAUUUAGCAGUGCAGUACAUAUAGUGAAAUUAGAAGUUUCUAAUUGGUCCAUAUAAUUAUAAAUCUUUAUCGUGAAAUAUCUUAAAAACUUUAGCCAACCAGCACCUUUAUCACCUGUUUUUUAUUUUAUUUUAUUAGUAUUUAUUUAUUAUUGCAAAACUCACUUUUAGUACUUGUUACCAUUGCUGUUUUACCAUUUAAGUAUGGUUAUGCUUGAAAUGGAGUGCCAGAUGUACAAUGCAUGUUGCACAUUAUGUACUGUACAAUGCAUACUACUUAUAAAUAUAUAAAAUCUGAAACUGCAUACAAUGAUUAAAUAAUUCAAAAAGUAGAUGAUUAAAAAAUACAAGCUACAAAACAAUGCUGACUGUGACGUCCAGUUAAAAUGAAGUAUGUUUUUGUUUUGCAUUUUAUCUAAUAUGUAAAGAAAUAGAUUAAGUGCAUUGCCUUAUGGGAUACAGUAUGUAAUUUGGAUACAGAACAUUUUGGCAAAUCUCAUUCAGAUCUGUGCAUACAAAACAGUAGGGCUGUCAAAAGAUUAA